AUGAAUCUGCCUCCGAAACUCUUGAAACUCCUGACCCAUCACCAACACAUUUUCUCCAAACACCUCGAUGACACCUUGUUGAACAGGCUAGAGACUUGUCUCUACUGCUUGCAUUCCACCCAUGCCUCCUUCUGGAAAGCGUUGGAAGCCCGUCAUCUCGACGCUGUCUUGGAUUCGCUCGAACAAUUACCUGAUGAUAUUGAACUCGCAUGUGGUCUGUUGAAGAUAAAGUUCGCUAUUGUCUGGCAUUUUCGCAACGGCCUUAAUGACACGGUUUCAUCAAGAGUCAGCAGUCUUCUUGAAAAACUCCUAACAUCGGAGGACCCUCUUAUUAUCUGCGCGGUGGGGCGGUUUAUGAAGUCAGUCCUGAUGGAACCGAAGGCACUUGCUACAUUCCAUGAAAUUCACUCUACGCCCUUGAUUCCUGCUCUUCGGAGGAGUUAUGACCUCUCCGAAAAUAUCGUACACCGAAAAGCACUUUUAAACAGCUUGCUGUUUUUACUAUUCUCCCAGAUCUGCGCCCAGAAAGAUAUACCGGAGGACGCGAUUGAUGGACUACUCCAGUUCUCCCAGAGUGCCAAAAGCUCAGUCGACCCGUUCCACAUUGAUUUCUGUACCCAUAUCGUUAAGUUCUCCGAGUGCCUUCAGUCUCAGCCGGCAAAUCUACUUCUGGCAAAGUUGUCCUCUCUCGUGGAGGCGGUUUUAACUGCCUUACCCUCUACGUUGUCAGCCGAUGCCCUAGAAGAUUCCUUCUACCUCCUUCUUGUUAUCUGCCCCUUACUGUCAAAGAAUUUAGCAGCCAAAGUUUGUGCUGAAGUGUUGCCCCGCAGCACUGGACGCGUUGCGGCCAGAACCCUGAGACGGGCCCUCGUGAACGACGUCCUACGUGAAUGUCAGCUUUCAGAUGCACUUGUUACCGCCUGGCACUCAGAAGCCCUUUCUGCACUUCAAAGUGCCCCGAACGUAGACCUUUUGCGACUGCUCUCACCACUGGCUUCUUGUCAGAGUGACUUUCUGGCUCUGAAUUCUUUCCGAAAGAGCACUCCCGCGGACUUUGUACCGCUGCUCUGGUCUCGUGCUUUGGCCAAUUUUGAUGAAUCAGCGCCUCAGUCGUCAUCGAGCGUUUUGCGUGCUGUGUGGAAUUUAUUGGGGAAAUAUAUCCCACACGAAAGAACAACGUGUAAUAAAAGCCGAUUUAACGAAUUACUAAAAAAGCUUAACGGGUUUUCUGACCGCCCGGUGCGUUGGUCAGCUCAGGAAUCCGAUGUGUUCUGUCUUUUGUACAUUCAUUCGGAGUUUGAUCCCCAGGCCGAAGCCGAUGCAUUUGACGCUGUUUUCCAACUAGCCUAUGACGAAUGUUCCACUCUGCACAAAUCCGGUGGGAUCCUGUUUCACUCCUUCCUGCUUCUACGCAUUUUCGACUUCUUCUUCACCAAGGCCGUCACUGACAGCGCCCUAUCGCACGCCUGUCUCAAGCUCAUUGAAUUGCAGGAGCUGGUCAGUCUCCGGGUCUGCGCCAACCCAGGCGAAAUUUCAAAUGACAGUAUACUCUCCGUCCAGAGGGGUCUUUUCCUCUGCAAAUUGCUGGAUGACAGAUGUGUGCCGGGCCUAAAUGGGGAGGUCUUGCAGCGCCUGUUAACUCUCUCGACACCCUUGGCAUCUGCUGAGGGUGUUGGUGUGCCUGGGGUUUUGAAAGGCACCCUCCUGGCCUGUCUACUCCAUUGCCUGUCCACCUGCCAAUUUUCCACCAAUGGCUCAGAAUCUGCCUGCGAUGAACUGCUAGCUGUGUGCAUGUCUUUACUGGCCGCGGAUGUGGAAGAGGAUCCCGCGGUUCGUUCAGUCCUCAUCUCCAGCUGGCACGGCCUGGUUGAGGUGAGGAAUAUGCUUUGAUUAAAGCCUUCGCUUCUCUUAACUGUUGCCAGCUUGCAUCACGCAAUGAGUUAAGGCGCCUUAGGCUUCGGAGUUUGUUGUGGCAGUCCUGUUCGACCAGACUGCUGUAUCUUUAUAGUGAAUUAACAAAGGCAGCAUAGGGUGGUGAUGGGGGUUAUCCGUUUCACUCUGGGUCCUGCUUGACCACACUCUUGUGGAGGUUCGGCCGUGGCUUGCAUUACGUGUUGUCUGCAGGACACUUUGUGCAGGGAAUUCAGAUACUGGCCAUCUCAAAAAUCCUGCCACUGCUACGGGGACGUCUGUCUGGCUGUCUGCAACCAGCCCAGCUCAUUGACGCAGGCCACAACCGCAUCUGAGGCAGAACAUACCUGGCUUCAUCGCUGGCUAGCUUCAGUGAACCUGCCAGGAAGUGCUCGGUCACAGCAGCCCGAGUGGCUGGUAGUGCUACUCGCCUUCCUUGACAAUCUGAAAUUUGCAGGCCUAUGUCUUGAGAUCAUGCACCCUGCACAGCAUGAUCACAACGUACGCUAGUGUAAAACUGUCCGAGAUCACGAACGCGUUCCAAAUAAUUAGAGUAUCACAUAUGCCGAAUUUUAGUGAGGAAUCGGUUCUCCAGACCAUCAGCCUAAACAAUCAAAGGUAACCAAGGCGUGGUGAUACCGUCGGUGUCGAAAACAGCGCUCCGGGCGGCUGCAUCUCCCAAACCAUCGGCGCCCGAAUAUGGUGUCUUCAAAGCUCCUCUUGGUCGCUUGUGCUUGUACUCUGGCUCGCGAACAUGAGAUAACUAGUUCAGUCAGAAUGGCAUUACCGACAAAGAAAAGGGAGACUUGAAUGGCCAUUUCUGGCUUAUUAGCCGUCGUCAGCCAGUGAUACCUAACCCCGAAGUGUGGAACACUCGAGGCUCGAACUCGCGACCUGUUAGUUAGAAGUCCACGCCUCUAACCACUGGGCUACGAGCCCGUUGCCCUGUCGGUUUCGAUCGGGAAUAUACAAUGGUAGGGGGCGCUCACCGAUCAUUCUUACGGAACUAGUUCCGUUUCCGGUCGUGACAGGGUUUAUUGAUUAGUACUCCACGCUUCUUCGAACGCUAUACUGCUGUCAAUGUCGCGAACAGCCCCACUAUCUCUUUCGUAGGUCUUAUUUUUUCUUCGCCCUGCCCACAAAGGUUCUUAAUGAUCUUCCAUAUGUUCGGAUGAGAUUUUGUUGAAAUUACUUCCCCUUUUUCACAGAACUAGGACGGAUAUUCGUUGGAAUGGUGAGGGGCGUGACUUAUCUGGUGUACCUCCGAUGUACGGACCCGGUCAGCUGCUUGAUAAAGUGGGUUCUUUAGAGCAUCUCAGUGUUACAGGCAGUUGCAAUUGGCUUAUUGACGGUGACAUUGCGAUACUGACGAGCCCAUUGGCAGAGAUGCAAUGUGCCGUGCCCCGAAAAGCUUGUGGGGGCGGCGAAAUCGGCCUUGAAAAUCGGUUCUUUCAGCGCACAGAUGGUCGUUUCUGGCAUUGUGAUCGGAGAUAUUUGCCUGGUCGUUAAGAACUAGUGAAUGAUUUAUGUUACCUCAGGCCAGAAGGUUUUCCAAAAUUCAAAUACAAGCAGGCAAUCGGUAGCUAAACUAACCGGGCGCGCACGACUCUUAUCCGAAUUCGUUGAAACUCCUGUAAUCGAUUUUGUGUUAGCAUGAGGGUCAAUUUCCUAGGAGACGAAGCCUCCGUCAAGAGAAUGCUUCUAUCUGUGAGGUCUGGCCUGCGCGCUUAGAUGGUAUUUCUCACCGGAAUGUGUUUAAUCAAUGAGGCUCACGCUUUACUCUCCGGAUCUGUCCCUCCGAUCGCGUCCUCAAAUGGUGAGGAGGAUGUAAUCAACCGGGAAUUCAAUCGAUCAAAUGUGGCUCGGCCGUACUUUCUACUGACCAUAAUGUCAUCUGACUGACGACGGCUGGCCGACUGAAGGCCUGGGUGGACGUGUUUAGAUCUGACCUUGAGCGUAUCUUUAGCCCCGUUGGUCUGCGGAACUGACGUGUGAAUUGACUUAACUUUGCUCUGGGGUUUGAUGCCGACCGAUUGCAAUGAAGAACGGUCAUUCGUGGUGUCGGGGACUUUUAUCAUGAAGCCGGCUAAAGUCAUCCUGCUUAAUGUAAUUACAAGUACAAGUAAGUACCAUUUCAGGGGCUGGGAACUCACACACGCGCUGCUUUCGAUAAUACGACCUAGUCUUAGGGUAUGACCGAUUUUAUGUCCGCGUUUCUUGUGCCUUCUUUUAGGCAUCGAACACAUCCGGUGAUCAGUUGUUGCAUGAGUUCGUCGCAGGAUUUCGUAACAGAAGUCGUGCCUAUGCAUUCCUUCACGAGACGCCGUUGGUCUACGCUUCGGAUGAUGAGCGAGCAGACUGCUGCCCCGAGUGCAUGGAGUGCUUGCCGAGCCUCCUGGAGGAUAUUAUAGUCGCCAAGCGGCCAGCGGGGGAGGCAGACUGCAUCGGUGACUGA